GCUCGAUAUCUCCGGCCACCAGAGCUGCAGCCGGCAGCAGCCUGCAGGCUGCCUUCCAAAAAUCAGGUUGUACCUAUUGUACACAGGGAGGCUUUAUUAUCCCUUCGCCCAUCAUUUACCUCCUUGCUGUGGGCGUCUGUGGAACAAAGGGUGUUUGGGACCGGGGAUUCUUAAUGGUACUAUCCCCGGCGCGCUGUGGACCUUGUUGGUGAUACAGAAAGCACCUCGGGAGCCGCAGAUACAUUGUGUGCAUGAUCGAUCAGUCGCUAAGAAAGAGGUCGCACAGGCGGACUCUUAGGUUGGGUGGAAUAUUAAUGUUGGGAUGUGCUAUCGACUUGCUGUUAAGCCUCGCCUAGAAUUCGCCUAUUGCACAACCUCCCUGAGGUGGUCACUGCCAACAAAUGCCGGAACGCAGAGAGGAUGUGCUGCUCAAGCUGGUCACGUCUGCCUGGGCGCGGAACGCCCUCGUCCACUUUCUUGACUCUGUCGACGACGAGGAGGAGGAUGAGAACGGGUUUGGGUUGUUCUUUCUGUCGUUUGAUGCGCGCAUGGCGUCAGAUAGGGAGUAUCGAGUGUUUUGUCGGUCUGGGGACGACGCGGGGGGUGGGGAGGCGGCGCAUGAGAGGGUCGUGAGAAGGGUGCGGGAGGCGGCCGAGGAGGUGAGGGGCCUGAUUCUGGCGGAGGUGGCUAAGGGAGUAACGAAGGAGAAGGAACAUGCGUUGUUGCUGGAGCAGGGGUUUUUCUUUGAUUUGUUCUACGACGAGGAGACGGAUGCCUGUUCGCUCGUCGAACUCAACACGUUUGGGGUGAGGAGCGCCUGCGGGUCGUGUCUGUUCCAGUGGGUGGAGGGUCGGGAGGUGCUGUACGGGGAAGAGGAGGCUCAGUUUCGUGUGUCGGUGGAUAUGGGCCCGGGCCCCGGGGCGGCAGCAUGGGGACCAGACGACAACCGUGAGCGUUUCGCGGUUGGGCAUAAUGAGGGGCCCAAUGACUCGGGGUCGUUCGAUUUUCGAGGAACGGAUUAA